AUGAAUGACCCCGGGCUCGACGAUGCCAUUGCGGACGAGGCCAACGCUCUCGAUCAUACGUUACCUCAUGACGAAAAGAGUGAUACCCGUGAGAUAGACGCAACGCAUCCCCAUGCAGCGCGAUGGUGGCUUGCAAGUACAGCAUAUCCAUUGGCCGCAGGCACGUUCGGGCCAAUGUCUAGCGCUUUCAGUAUCUGCUCUCUAUCGCAGCCAUGGCGCAUGGAAAUACUCCCCGGUGGCGGAGAGCGAGAUAUCACUGAUCCAAAAUGGGUGACCGCGCUCAAUGCAGUCUCUCUUGUUUUUGCACUCAUUGCAAACUUGGCGCUUUCGUUGAACAUGGCACGGCGCAUCCGGUUCGAGGUCGCUCAGCCGAUCAUUAUUAUCGGAUGGUACAUAUCAUCUUUUCUGCUGCUCGGUAUUCUGAUCGGCUUGGGGGUACUCAUGUACGAACCGCAAAAUUCUGGGCACAUGUAUACGCAGGCAUACUUUUAUGGGACCUUUGCUGCUGGGCUUUACUUCAUCAUCGCAUCCUUGCUGGUUGUCACCGCGUGGGGUGCCCACAAGGGACACUACAGUCGCGAGUACAAAUUGACUACCAGUCAACGGACUUUGAUGCUACAGACUAUCAUCCUGUUCAUCUACCUUUUAGGAGGUUCAGCCGUCUACGCCAGAAUCGAAGGCUGGAAGUUCAUGGAUGCAUUGUAUUGGGCUGAUUUCACUCUACUCACAAUCGGUAUCGGCAACUUUGUUCCAAUUACGCAUCUUGGUCGCGGGCUCCUCUUUCCCUACGCAGUUGGGGGUAUUGUGAUUCUCGGUCUCAUUAUCUCUUCUAUUCGGACGCUCAUGCUGGAGCAUGGACGACAAAAGAUUGCCGAUCUUCUCACUGCACGCACUCACAAGUUCCUAGUGAAGCAGGCUUUCUCGGAACGGAAUAAUCGCUUGGUGCCGAACCUGCGUGUUGAUGAAAAUGAGGAAAAUGAGCUUAGUGAUCGCGAGAGACAAAAGCGAGAGUUUAUCACAAUGCGACGUGUUCGACAACUAGCAACCGUGCAACACAAGUGGUUCUCGCUAAUCACAUCUAUGCUUGUCUGGAUGGCACUGUGGCUCAUCGGUGCAGCUAUCUUUUGGCGUUCCGAGGAUCAUCGUCACUGGACGUACUUUCAGGCUCUCUAUUUUGCCUACUCAACGCUUCUCACCAUCGGAUUUGGCGAUUUUUACCCGGUCAGCAGUCUAGGAAAGGCAUUUUUUGUCUUCUGGUCCCUUCUUGCCGUUCCAACCAUCACUAUCCUCAUCUCCAACAUCAGUGACACCCUUAUCCGGUUUGUCAAGGACAUCACUCUAUUCAUUGGUGAACUCACCAUCCUACCUGGCGAUGAACCCUUCCACGACCGUAUCAAGGACAUAUUCCACAUCUCCUGGACAGACAAAUGGCUCCAAGAAACCACAGGCGAGAAGAAUGCCUCUCAAGACAUCCUCACCGACACGGGCAACGGCACUGAACGAAAUGAUUUCAAUGCCCGCCGCCACGAAGUCGAAGCCGAGGAACACAAAAGAGAAGAAUCCGCCCGACGCCGCGGCGACAUCGCCGCCGAAAACGUACACCACUACCACUACCUGCUUUUCCGAGAGAUUCGCAAAAUGAUGGAACUCGCCACCAAGAACCUAUCAAAGGAAUUCGACUAUCUCGAGUGGGAAUACUAUCUUGCUCUUAUCUCGGGACAACACAAACCACCGUAUGAGUCGGAUACAGAGCAGGCUAAGCAGGAUUUGAAACGACAAAAGAAGUUUCGGGAUUGGAGCUGGAUUGAUAAGAAGAAUCCGUUGUUGGGUGAGAAGAGCGAGGUCGAGUGGUUGUUGAAUGCUUUGACUGAGGCGCUGGAGAGGGAGUUGAAGAUGGCUAGUCGUGAUUAUCAUUCGCCGGAUGAGGGUGAUGAGGUUGAGAGUAGUGCUGUUGUUGGGGAUCGAGGUGAUGAGGGUCUUGAGUCGGGUAGUGCAAGGGAGGAGGAUUAA